AUGUCCUUCGAGGGGGCCAGGCUCAGCAUGAGGAACAGAAGGAACGGCACGCUGGACAGCACCCGGACGCUGUACUCCAGCAUGUCUCGGAGCACGGACGUGUCCUACAGCGAAAGCGACUUGGUGAAUUUUAUUCAAGCAAAUUUUAAGAAACGGGAAUGUGUCUUCUUUACCAAAGAUUCCAAGGCCACGGACAAUGUGUGCAAGUGUGGCUAUGCCCAGAGCCAGCAUAUAGAAGGCACCCAGAUCAACCCAAAUGAGAAAUGGAGUUACAAGAAACACACCAAGGAAUUUCCGACGGAUGCCUUUGGGGAUAUUCAGUUUGAGACUCUGGGGAAGAAAGGGAAGUAUAUCCGCUUGUCCUGUGACACGGACGCGGAGACCCUCUAUGAGCUGCUGACCCAGCACUGGCACCUGAGAACUCCCAACCUUGUCAUUUCUGUGACUGGUGGUGCCAAGAACUUCGCUCUGAAGCCGCGCAUGCGCAAGAUCUUCAGCCGCCUCAUCUACAUCGCGCAGUCCAAAGGCGCCUGGAUUCUCACUGGAGGCACCCAUUAUGGCCUGAUGAAGUAUAUUGGGGAAGUGGUGAGAGACAACACCAUCAGCAGGAAUUCAGAGGAGAACAUCGUUGCCAUUGGCAUAGCAGCUUGGGGCAUGGUCUCCAACAGGGACACCCUCCUCAGGAAUUGUGAUGCUGAGGGAUAUUUCUCAGCUCAGUACAUAAUGGAUGACUUCAAGAGAGACCCUCUGUAUAUCCUGGACAACAAUCACACUCAUCUGCUGCUUGUGGACAACGGGUGCCAUGGACAUCCUACAGUUGAAGCAAAGCUUCGGAAUCAGCUGGAGAAGUACAUCUCUGAGCGCACUAUUCAAGAUUCCAACUAUGGUGGCAAGAUUCCCAUUGUGUGUUUCGCCCAAGGAGGUGGCAAAGAGACUUUGAAGGCCAUCAACACCUCCAUCAAAAGUAAAAUCCCCUGUGUGGUGGUGGAGGGCUCAGGGCAGAUUGCAGAUGUGAUUGCGAGCCUGGUGGAGGUGGAGGAUGCCCUGACGUCAUCCGUGGUCAAGGAGAAGCUGGUGCGCUUCUUACCCCGCACGGUGUCCCGGCUGCCCGAGGAGGAGACUGAGAGUUGGAUCAAAUGGCUCAAAGAAAUUCUCGAAAGUUCUCACCUAUUAACAGUUAUUAAAAUGGAAGAAGCUGGGGAUGAAAUUGUGAGCAAUGCUAUAUCCUAUGCUUUGUAUAAAGCCUUUAGCACCAAUGAACAAGAUAAGGAUAACUGGAAUGGGCAGCUGAAGCUUCUGCUGGAGUGGAACCAACUGGACCUCGCUAGUGACGAGAUCUUCACCAAUGACCGCCGAUGGGAGUCUGCAGACCUUCAAGAAGUCAUGUUCACGGCGCUUAUAAAGGACAGACCCAAGUUUGUCCGCCUCUUUCUGGAGAACGGAUUGAACCUGCGGAAGUUUCUCACCAAUGACGUCCUCACUGAACUCUUCUCCAACCACUUCAGCACCCUUGUCUACCGGAACCUGCAGAUUGCCAAGAAUUCGUAUAAUGAUGCCCUCCUCACAUUUGUCUGGAAACUGGUGGCUAACUUUCGGAGAGGCUUCCGGAAGGAAGACAGAAGUAGCAGGGACGACAUAGAUGUAGAAUUUCACGACGUGUCUCCUAUCACUCGGCACCCAUUGCAAGCACUCUUCAUCUGGGCCAUUCUUCAGAACAAGAAGGAACUCUCCAAGGUCAUUUGGGAGCAGACCAGGGGCUGCACUCUGGCAGCCCUGGGAGCCAGCAAGCUUCUGAAGACUCUGGCCAAGGUGAAGAAUGACAUCAAUGCCGCAGGGGAGUCUGAGGAGCUGGCCAAUGAGUACGAGACCCGUGCAGUUGAGCUGUUCACAGAGUGCUACAGCAGCGACGAGGACCUGGCGGAGCAGCUGCUGGUGUACUCCUGUGAAGCCUGGGGCGGAAGCAACUGCUUAGAGCUGGCGGUGGAGGCCACGGACCAGCACUUCAUCGCCCAGCCUGGGGUCCAGAAUUUUCUUUCCAAGCAAUGGUAUGGGGAGAUUUCCCGAGACACCAAGAACUGGAAGAUUAUCCUGUGUUUGUUUAUUAUCCCCUUGGUUGGCUGUGGCUUUGUAUCCUUUAGGAAGAAGCCCAUCGACAAGCACAAGAAGAUCCUUUGGUACUAUGUGGCCUUCUUCACCUCCCCGUUUGUGGUCUUUGCCUGGAACGUGGUCUUCUACAUUGCCUUCCUCCUGCUCUUUGCCUAUGUGCUGCUCAUGGAUUUUCACUCUGUGCCACACUCCCCCGAGCUGGUCCUCUACGCACUGGUCUUUGUCCUGUUCUGUGAUGAAGUGAGACAGUGGUACAUGAAUGGGGUGAAUUAUUUUACUGACCUGUGGAAUGUCAUGGACACACUCGGGCUUUUUUACUUCAUAGCAGGCAUUGUAUUUCGGCUCCACCCUUCAAAUAAAACCUCUCUGUAUUCCGGACGAGUCAUCUUUUGCCUGGAUUACAUUAUAUUCACUCUAAGGUUGAUCCACAUUUUCACUGUAAGCAGAAAUUUAGGACCCAAGAUUAUAAUGUUGCAGAGAAUGCUGAUCGACGUGUUCUUCUUCCUGUUCCUCUUUGCGGUGUGGAUGGUGGCCUUUGGCGUGGCCAGGCAAGGGAUCCUCAGGCAAAAUGAGCAUCGCUGGAGGUGGAUAUUCCGCUCAGUUAUCUACGAGCCCUAUUUGGCCAUGUUUGGCCAGGUGCCCAGUGACGUGGAUGGUACCACGUACGACUUCUCCCACUGCACCUUCACUGGGAAUGAGUCCAAGCCCCUGUGUGUGGAGCUGGAUGAGCACAACCUGCCUCGCUUCCCCGAGUGGAUCACCAUCCCCCUGGUGUGCAUCUACAUGCUCUCCACUAACAUCUUGCUGGUCAACCUGCUCGUUGCCAUGUUUGGCUACACUGUGGGCACCGUCCAGGAGAACAACGACCAGGUCUGGAAGUUCCAGAGGUACUUCCUGGUGCAGGAGUAUUGCAACCGUCUGAACAUCCCCUUCCCCUUCGUGGUCUUCGCCUACUUCUACAUGGUGGUCAAGAAGUGCUUCGGGUGCUGCUGCAGGGAGGGAAACGCCGAGCCUUCCGCCUGCUGUUUCAGAAAUGAAGACAACGAGACUCUGGCGUGGGAGGGUGUCAUGAAAGAAAAUUACCUCGUCAAGAUCAACACGAAAGCCAAUGAUGCCUCGGAGGAAAUGAGGCAUCGCUUUAGACAGCUGGAUACAAAGAUUAAUGAUCUCAAGGGUCUUCUGAAAGAGAUUGCUAAUAAAAUCAAAUAGAAAUUCAUGGACCGUAAUGGAGAAAAAUCUGAUUAUAGCAAGGUGACAUCAGAAGUCUAGGUGGGAACAAGUCAAGAAGGCUGAGGAAGAGCUUUGUUACUGACCACUCAGUGAGAACUAUUCAGGCCCUGGGUGUGCCCAGCAGAUGGUUUUCAUCGACGCAGUGUGCUCAAAUCUGAGAAACAGACAUGUGAUUGGUUUCACACGAGAAGAUGGAGGUGAAGGAAGCGCUUUUCCUGACGGCUGCCCUGUUACUUCCUGAGUCUCGAUCACUCGUACUCGCUGUGGAUCGUUUUAGAGUGUGUUCCUGCACUCCCCUUCUUU